CAAGAAACUAAGGGGUCAACCCUAAUUUUCUUUAUGUUUUGAGAGAGAGAACGUAAAGGAAAAAGAACACAUAUGUCGCCGAGCUGAACCCUGCUCGAUCCACCUCGCAUUUGGCGUGGCUUUCACUCCCACUGGAGGAAUUUCCAUUUUAUUGUCGAAGGUUAUAGGGGUGAAGAACCAAAACGCUUUCAGCAAUUUCUCUGAAAGAUCCAUGAGGGUUUCUGCAAUCAGACAAGUUUCUGUCAAGCGUCUAUUCAAGAACCUCAAAUUUAUUCGAUUUCAGUCCGUUCCAUCUCUUGCCCAUUUUAAUCCAUACUAUGCUGACUCGUUUUCUGAUGACUCAGAUUCAGGUACCGAAAGAAAUAUUAUUUGUGUAGAAAAGAGAAAUAGUAACAAUAAUUGUGUAGAAUUGAGUUCAAAUGGGGUCAUUGAGAUUCUAAAUAAUUUGAAAGAAGAACCCUAUUCUGCGUUGUCUUUCUUUUACCAAUUGAAGGAACGUGGAUUCCUACAUAAUGUUUGGACAUACGUGGAAAUUAUAAAGAUACUUUGUUAUUGGCGCAUGAAUAUGAAGUUAUUUCAUGUUUUGUCAGAGGUUAUAAAGUUGGAAAAGGUGCAUUUCGGUUUUCAAGUGUUGGACUUGUUGGAGGCGAUGGUUAAGGCGAUUAAGUUCGAGCGAUGCAGUUCGUUAGUUCGGGCUAUUGAUGCUUUGAUUAAGGCAUAUGUCAGUUUAGACAUGUUUGAUGAGGCAAUUUACAUACUGUUCGAGACAAAGAGGUGUGGAGUUGGUCCGUGUUUGUGGUCUUGUAACUUUCUGAUUAAUAGAUUGGUUGAACAUAGGAAAGUGGACUCAGCUGUUGCAAUUUAUAAUGAGUUGAAGAAGCAUGGCCCGAACCCAAAUGUAUAUACCUAUGGGAUUGUGAUCAAGGCGUAUUGUAGGAAGGGUUGUUUUGAAGAAGCUGAUCGUGUGUUUAGGGAAAUGGAGGAAGCUGGGGUGACACCAGAUGUUAUGACAUAUACUACAUAUGUUGAAGGACUUUGUAAGCGUGGUUGGUCAGAUAUAGGUUAUGAAGUUUCACGAGCUCUGAAAACUAAAAAUGUACCAAUCGAUGUGCAUUGCUAUAGAGUUUUAAUUCAUGGGUUUGUUAAGGAAAAGAAACUGAAAGAGGCAGAGAUUAUUUUAGUUGACAUGGAAAAGGAAGGAUUAGUUCCUGAUAAAGAUUGUUAUCGUGCCUUAAUUCAAGGAUAUUGUGAGUCUGGGAAUACAGACAAGGCUCGGGCUUACCACAAGGAGAUGGAAGUGAAGGGUGUAAAAACUGAUUGUGUGAUUGUCACCUUAAUCCUUCAGAGCUUGUGCCAACAUGACAAGGCACCCGAGGCAGUAGAUGAGUUCAAGUACUUUAAGGAGUUGGGUGUGUUUCUUGAUGAAAUUGCAUAUAGUGUGGUGAUUGAUGCCUUGUGUAAAAUUGGAAAUUUAAAUGAGGCUGUAUUGUUGCUUGAUGAGAUGAAGGCUAAAAAAAUGAUUCCAGAUAUUAAGCACUACACCACUUUGAUUAAUGGUUAUUGUCUCCAAGGAAAAAUGUCUGAUGCUUUAAGUUUAUUUGAAGAAAUUAAGGAAAAGGGUCCCAAGCCUGAUCUUAUUACUUAUAAUGUUCUUGUUGGAGGGGUCUCUAGGAGUGGUCUUGCAGAAUAUUCAUUUCUUCUUCUGGAUGAUAUGAAAGGACUAGGUUUGGUUCCAGGCACCGCAACGCAUAACUUGAUAAUUGAAGGCUUAUGUUUAGGAAGAAAGGUGGAGGAAGCUGAAAUGUACUUCAAUAGAUUGGAAAAUAAGAAUAUAGAAAACUAUUCUGCCAUGAUUAACGGGUACUGUGAAUCUGACAAUUCAAUGAAGGCAUAUAAGCUUUUCCUUAAGUUAUUCAGGGAAGGGUACUCUGUGAAAAAGGCUUCUCGUUUGAAACUCCUUAACAGCCUCUGUUUGGAAGGUGAAUAUGACAAAGCUGUCAAACUAUUUGGGAGGGUGCUGUCCUUGAAUGACGGUCCUCGUAAGAAAAUGUAUGACAGGCUUAUUGCUGCUCUUUGUUGUGCUGGUGAUGUGAAAAAUGCCCGAUUGGCAUUUGACGAUAUGGCUUUGAGAGGAUUAUCUCCAGAUGUAAUUACCUACACCAUAUUAUUGAAUGGUUAUUGUAGGGUGAAUUGCCUGCACGAGGCCCAAAAUCUUUUUAGUGAUAUGAAGGAAAGGGGUAUUAGUCCCGAUAUUAUCACUUUUACAGUAUUACUUGAUGGCUAUUCUAAAGGAAAUUGGAAAAAGGCCCGAUGUCAAACAGAUGCAAGAAAUAACGAGGAAGUGAAGCAGAAGGCUUCAGCCAUUUGGUGUGAAAUGGAGGAAAUGGGAUUAACACCUGAUGUCAUUAGCUACACAGUUUUGAUUGACUGUCACUGCAAAUCAGAUAACUUUCAAGAUGCUAUUGGCAUCUUUGAUGAAAUGAUUGAUAGAGGUUUAGUACCUGAUACUGUGACAUACACAGCCCUCCUAUGUGGCUAUUGCAAGCGGGGGUUUGUGGACAAGGCUAUUGCUCUUGUAGAUAAUAUGUCAGCCAAGGGAAUACCGCCAGAUAGCCUUACCAUGUCAACAUUACACCAAGGUAUCGUGAGGGCAAAAAAAUUGCAAUUUCGACACUGAAUUUGCUUCUGACUCUCAAGGGUUCAAGAAACAGUAAGAUAGAUUGAUGGCAAAAUUUUCUCCCAGAGCGGAGAAAGAUGAACAGUCAAAUCACACGGCAUUGUUAAUAUACUUUUGCCUGAAUCAACACUACAACAUCAUAGAACUGAUGCGAAAGGCUGGACAUGGUGAAUGAGAGAGAUUUGAUUUAUAUUUGUGUGGCUUCUGUUUUUGCAGAAUCAACCCCUACAACAUCUUAGCGCUGAUGCAAAAGGAAGAAAUAGGACGGGCAUGCGAGUCGUUCAAACUCUCAAGUCUGGUUUCCCAGGGAUGCAAGGGCCAAAACCUGCAUUUAGCAGGGAUCACGACCGGUGAAGAAGAAGGUCCAGAAUCCUUAACAAAAUUGAGAUGUGAACUAAGUAAGUCAAGGAAAAAGAAUAAACCACGUAAACAGUUGGAAGAAGCAAGCUAUGAAGCCAACUAAUAAAGCAGCUAAGCAUCAUUGAUUUGUUAAAUCUUUGCUUGACCAACUUUCAACCUUCGUGAGGAUUUGGUGUGAACUAUUCGACAGAUUCUCACUUUGUUGUAACUCGUCUCACCUCUUGAACGAAAACAAGAUACCUUUUAUUAGGAACCAAUA